GCCUCUUGUCCCGCUCUCUUCCCUGCAGGAGGAGCCGCUGCAAUCCUGCUCCGCUACCUCCGGGACCAGAAUCGGCCACACAGCGCCCAGGACGCCUUCGGGAACCUGCAGCGGGAGCAUGGGCUGGGCAAGACGGAUCAGUUUCCCACAGUGAGUGACUCUGAGCUUAAAGCCUUGGACAACGAAAUCUCGGAACUUUCUUCAAAAGUACAAACCCUUCAACAGAGCUGCCGCCAUAUGGAAUCAGAACUGAAGGAUCUGAAUGGCUCAAUGACAACCCCAGAGAUGAUUAAAGAGAUUGAAGAGUUAAAAAAAGAUUGUGCCAGUUACACAGAGAAACUGGAGCGAAUUAAAUCUGCAGCCAACCAUGUGACUCCUGAAGAGAAAGAGAAGGUUUACAACGAGAAAAAGCUGUACUGCAAAGAAUGGAGGAGGAGGAAGAGAAUGGCGACUGAGCUCCUUGAUGCGAUUCUGGAGGGCUACCCCAAAAGCAAGAAACAGUUCUUUGAGGAAGUUGGGAUAGAGACGGAUGAGGAUUACAAUGUCACUUUGCCGGUGGCUGUCUGAGUUGCUGACAGGAGCCACUGCUCCAGGGGAGAAAAUUGGCCAGUCUGGAACCCAACAGAAGCCGCUUCUGAAACUUGCACUGUUUGUAGGGCUUGGUUUUGUCCUGAGUCUUUUAUGUAUGUUUAUGUUUUAAAAUGCUUUGCAGUCAGGAGGGUGGCUAGAGGGGUUGAGGCAGCUCCAGGCCCCAUCAUAUUCUCAUUUGCAGUGGAGUCCCGUUUUUAUUAUCCUUUGUUGCAAUGAGCAGUUGGGAUGGUGCCUCUCCACUGGGCUAGGGGUGUGUUGGAUUGCCAACAAGUAGGUGAGUUUGUUCUAGCAAAGGGAGGAAAGGAGCGUCUAGGAGAGGGGAAAGAAACUAGUUGUUUAACUGUGUAGGGAUGUACUAGCAUCUCAGUGUAUUUAAUAGAGAGGGUGGGAAACGCUUCCCCCAGCAUCUACCAUGCCGUAAUGCUGUAUACAGGAGUGUGAUUCAUUAAACACCACUGUGUCUCAUCUUA